CUUAAACUGACAUUUCAUAUACAGUUUGUAUGCAAUAUAUGACUUGACUUUUAUUUGCAUAAAUCAUAUCAUAUCAUCGUAUUAUCGUAUCAAUGGCCGGAUCAGCUCUACGGCGACUAAUGGCCGAAUACAAACAGCUUACACUUAAUCCGCCGGAAGGCAUAAUUGCCGGUCCAAUAGAUGAGGAAAACUUCUUUGAAUGGGAAGCACUGAUCACUGGUCCAGAGGGUACCUGUUUUGAUGGCGGAGUUUUCGCUGCGCGGCUAACCUUUCCCAAUGACUAUCCAUUAUCGCCGCCGAAGAUGCAGUUUACGUGCGAUAUGUUUCAUCCGAAUAUCUAUCCGGACGGUCGGGUAUGCAUAUCGAUACUACAUGCGCCCGGCGACGACCCGAUGGGCUACGAAUCAAGUGCCGAACGUUGGUCACCGGUUCAAUCGGUCGAAAAGGUAUUGUUGUCGGUGGUGUCGAUGUUGGCCGAACCUAACGACGAAAGCGGGGCUAAUGUAGACGCGGCCAAAAUGUGGCGCGAAGAUCGGACACAAUUUGAACGCAUAGCUCAACAAUUGGUCAGAAAAUCACUGCAAAUCAAUUGA